GGUAACUGAAAACAAACGAGAAAAGGCAAGAUAGGAGCAUGAAAUUAAAAAUAAAAUGGAAAAUGAAAUUAAAAAGAUGAGCAAAAAUCUUGUCUUUUGAACCCAAAGACACCCAUCUAUCUCUCCCUUUCUCUCUCUUUCAGAGUCCAACAAUUCUUUCUUGGUUUACACUCUCCUUCAGUGAAAUGUGCAGAAGAACGGGCGAAUAAUGGCAGUGGCUGAAGCAAGGGCUGCUUGGCAGAGAACUGCUAACCGAUGCUUUGUCCAGGAAGAUGCCAAAAGAGCCCCGAAGUUGGCUUGUUGUCCGCCAGCAUCACCCUCAGCGAAAGAAGUAGAUACCGGACCUGCAUCUGCCGCCAAUGCGCAAGAUGCUGAGAGAGCGUGUUUCCUCCCUUUUAAUUGGAACUCUUCAUAUUCGAAUCUAUCUCCUAACUCGAGAUGGUGGCUACAUCUUAAACCUAAUUACGGAUAUCAAGGAGGUUUAGCUGGCGAACAGCUCCUUUCCUUAGACGAGAUGCAGGGUUCUUCGUCCUUUGGAAAUUCAACCUCCAAGCUUAGUGAAUAUGAGAUUGAAUAUGUUGACGAGUUUACGGUGGAUAAAUCUUUACUUGAUUCUCAGGUUAAAAUGUCGGCUAGUGUAAAAAAUGACCUUGGAACAGAAGACAAAUUCGACACUGCAUUUGCUAGUGAUUCCCUAGAUGAUAAUAGUCUUAAACUCGAGAGCAUCAAGGAUCCCACCAGUUUUAGAAUGACAGAAUCGGUUGAUUGCCCAGUCUCUAAACCAGCCAGCGAGCUUUCUUUUGAUUCAAGCUGUCCUUGGAUUAGUGAUAAGAAGUCUGAGCCAUGGUGGCGCACUGCAGAUACAGAGGAGCUUGCUUUCUUGGUUGCACAGAGGUCUCAUGAUCUUAUUGAGAAUUGUGAUCUUCCCCAACCACAGACCACUAGCGCAAAAGGGGACCGGUGUGUUCGUCUGGGCUGGGUCGAUCAUAAACGAGGUAAUGCUUUGUUUCUGGAUCCUAAAGCCCGCUCUUCUGGACAGAAAAAUAUAAAUACCCAGACACAAAGAAACACUCUCUCGAAAAGUGUGUAUCAAAAACAGUGGGAAGAGCAUUUGCAGCUUGGUACCAACAAGCCAUUGAGUGACUGCAACCAAAGACCUAUGCCUGAAACAAAUGCAAACGAUAACGAUUCCAACAAGGCUCAACUCUUGGAAGCACUCCGUCAUUCUCAAACUCGGGCAAGGCAGGCAGAGAUUGCAGCAAAGAGAGCCUGCGCAGAAAAGGAGCGUGUUGUCGAGCUCAUCUUCAGGCAAGCGUCGCAGCUUUUUGCCUACAAGCAAUGGUUCCAUCUUCUGCAACUAGAGAACCUCUACUUCCAGAUCAAGAACAACAGGAGCCAGCCGAUAUCCGGAAUAUUUCCAGUAACAUUACCUUGGCUGCCUCAGAAAACAACGAAACAAAGGAAGAACUGGCACAAGUUUGCCAGAGGCAAACGGGAAAAGCGAGGCUGUCCUAAGUACGAUUUCGGGAAGUAUGCACUAAUGUUUGCGCUGGGUUUGAGUCUUGUUGGCGUGGGCGUGCUCCUUGGAUGGACUAUAGGGUGGAUGUUUCCGAGUUUCUGAGCUGCGUAUCGUGCAGGUAUUGUAUCGAAUUUUUGUGCUUUUAGUGGUGGUUGUGUAUAUAUUCAAUCAUGGGGGAGUUAGGAUACUAUAUCUUACCAUUUCUUUGCAUGUGUUGAUUCUAUAGCUCUUUAGCUUCUCCUUUUGGUUUCUCAGAUUUAGCAUGCAAAUUUGCUUUGUAUUGCAUUACAAGAUCUCUGGCGACAGUUGUAUGUAUAUAUUUGUAACUCAAAUCUUAUGGAAUUUGUUCAAUUAUGACAUGAUUGCAAUGUUGGUCA